GUGCGCAGUGUCACAGAAAAAGGGAUUUGAGUUGUGACGAUGAUGGCAACCGUUUCUUAAUUUCUUUCUUUCUCACAUUGUUUGUGUUUUUUUUUAAAAGAAAAACAAACAACACUUCUUAAACUCGUUCACAGACUUCUUACGUAAUUUGUCUUUUUGGGGGGAUUUCUGUUGAAGAAUUUCAUGCAUCGCUAUACAUGUUUUAACUUGAAAUUUAGCGUAGGACAUUUGGGGGAAAUCUUUCCAGCUUUCUAACUCUCCUCACACAUCCGUCUAUCUUACAUAUAUAUAUCGAUAUAUAUGUAUGUAUAUUUAAAUAUAUAUAUAUAUAUAUAUAUAUAUAUUAUAGACCUUCUUUGUAUGUCUAUAUGUUUUAAAUAAUUUUCCUAACGAUUGUCAUCUCGUUCAGAACGUCCAACAUUUCCUGAACAUUUUUCGUGCAUAUCACCUUUAUCCUGUUGGUGUCGGUCUCUAGGCUUUUCUCUAUCUUAUCUUCUAUUAUUGUAAUAUUUUCCUGUGUGUCAAUGGAGCGACUUUACGACGCUGAUAGCCAAGGCUUCAAUCCAAAUUUGAGAGAAAUCAUCCACAACCAUAACUUGCCAUAUUAUGACGAACUGGAAGCAGAAUCUGAGAGAGUUUUGGCACAAAUCAAAACUAACUUGGCUCGAACAGUUGAGCUGAGGGACAUCAAAACCGGAGCAAUACACUGGGUCGAACAGUUAUUAAGAUAUGUACGUCUUUAUGGCUUGAAAUUCUCCAAAGAAGACCAUAUCCACUUGGUUAAACUGUUAUAUGAGUUGCUUCUAAUCCCACACAAUGAAUUUGCCAUUUCAAACAAAUUUGCACUAGCAAUCAACAAACUCCUAAAGAAACAAAGUUUGUUGUCUCCUGAAGAUCUGACCCUACCAUGGAAACCUCUCUACGAUUUCUGUCUGACUAUAUUUGACAGCCCUUAUGAAAAUAUAGGACUACACUUUUUCUCUGAUUCUAUUGUUUCAACAGUCAAAGAUACAAUUCACAACUGUCGCACUUACUUUCCAUUGGAAGCUACUGAAGAAAUGAUGCAGCUGUGGCGACCCCUUUUCUGCCCCUUCGACAACAUUGUAUACAAACCCCUAAACUGUAUGCAGCACUUCCUGCCUACUAUGAUUUCACCAGAAAAUCACCAUAGAGGAUUUAAAAUAUGGUUUGAUGAAAUCAUGUCGCUUUGGACAACCUUAAACUCUUCUGGAUGUGAAUAUAGUUUGGUAUCCUUAAUUUCCCGCUUGGCUUACGACAACAUUGGUUACAUUGACUGGUCUCCUCACAUUCCUCGUGUAUUUACCCGCUUUCUGAAAGGCUUCAACCUCCCAGUCGGUAACUCUAAGAACGCAACUCAAUCCAACAACACUGUUGAUAUUAAUGCAUAUGUUCUAUGGAUAAUUUCUAUGAUUGAUAAAAACAACAGCUCAGUUCAAGAGCACAUUGACAAAUUGUUCGAGACCUUGAAAACUUUCUAUCACCCAUCCAAUACUGGUCGCUGGAAUCUGAAACUAUCAAAUCUUUUAGUGACAUUUCCAAGGUUAUUCAUCAAACGGUUACACAGAGAAAGAGUAGCACCGAAAAGCUGGAAGACACCAGUUCCUCAAUCCCAUAAACUAACAGAAGACGACAUCACCAAAUUUGUGUUGAGCAUCAAACCAGUCGUUUUCAUGGCCAUGUUUGGCAAGUAUGGCAUGCACGAUGCAUCUGUUGCACUAAAGCACCUAGCAUGCUUGCGGCCAGAGAUAAUUUUACCAGCAUUUCUUGAAAGAAUGUACCCUGCCAUGGAGACAUUAACAGAGCCACAUCGUCUGAUUGCUUGCAUGACAUGUAUUGUCGGUGUAUGCCGUCCUAUGCUGCAGUCCACUAAAUGGUACCCAGAGGGUCGACUGCAUGUUUUGCCAUUACUCAACUUAUCUCUUCCUGGCAUUGAUCCAAACGAUGUCAAGAAAUCUCUGGUGACAUUUCAGAUGGUUUCCACAUUUGUAACUUUGGUCCCUCUAGUCGACUGUUCCAGUGCCAUCUAUCUUAGAGAUGAUCUCUCAGAGACAGAGAAAGAACUGUGUUCUGCAAGUUCUCAGUUUGAAGACUUUGUGUUACAGUUUAUGUACAAGAGUUUUUCCCUCAUUGAGAACAGUGCCCAGAUCGAAUUACACAACCAAAGUAGCACUUCUGACAACAGUUUCAAUCCUGAACAAUCUUGGUUGGAGAUUGGUCUGUCUUCAACUUUUACAGCUAUUCUGCAGCAAUGUUCAACACCAAUAUUUGAGUCUGCUUUAAGUUGCUUGUUCAACUAUGUCAGUCAAACAGUUUAUGAGACUCGUGUUGGUGGGAAAUUUGUGUCUGAUCUCAUUAAAGCAGCUGUUAAGGUUAAUCCAGACAAAUCUCUGAAGUUGUUUAUUCCACAUUUCUGUAGUAACAUUCGACGGCUCCUUGCUGCAAAUGAAGACAUCAAAGAAGAAGAAAAGCUUGAUGUGGAGCUGUUAUGGAAUAUUUUGAUGCUGUCACAAGUUGUACGAGCCCCAGGACAUACUCUGCUGUCCUUUGUGGAUGAUCUCACAGAUCUUUUAUCACCCUUAUUAGAGCUGAAAUGCGUAGAAGCCUACGAAUACAGUACGAGUACCCUACGUUACCUUCUUCGUUCUCUGACCAAUAUCUACCCUUUGGAUUUCCGGAGUGUCCCAGUAGACAUUGAUGCACCUCUCACUGAACACUUGAUCAUCAGGGAUUGGGCUUAUACAGGAUCUGUUGAAAAUGCUGACAUACAAUGGCACAUACCAUGUGCUGAAGAAAUUCAGUUUGCUUCUCGUAUUUUAGAGAAAGUGCUGAAACCUGAGCUGGAAUUCAUAAAGACAAUUGACAAAGAUAAUGAAAUUCCAAGAGACGAUCUACUUCGGCAUCUUACCAUAAUCUUUGAAGCCUUACUUGGAGCCGGUGCAUUGCUGCCUUUUAUUGAUGGUGAAGCUUACAACAUAGUGGAAUCCGAAGUGGAAUUAUUGACUUUUAGCUGCUCUGCAUCAAUGACUGAAGGAAUCACCUUUAAUGGAAGUUGUAUCCGGCUUGCUGUUGUUGAUGCAAUCCAACCUUUACUCAACUAUCUCCUGACCCACUGUGAAGAUGAUACUAAAAAUCUUCUCAAGAUCAUUACUAUUUAUGACUGUUUGAUCUUUUACCAUGGGACAGUAAAGAAAGACUUUGAUUUACGCUGGAAGAAUUUACAUUCAGUGAAAGAAGCUCUGUCAAUGAAGCUGGGAGGCUAUAAAUCUCAUGUCCGGGCCCUGUUAAUUGAUCGAGUACUCUUACAACAUGAGCUGCGUAUGUUGUUGAGUGUGAAAAAGAAAUUCACCUCCACACACAGAUCUUUACUGCAGGAUCUUCUCGCUCUCUCCACAAGCAGGUACAGUGAGGUACGAAAAAAGGGCCAGUCCUUGUUAUUCCACAUGUUCCUGAACUUCCACUACAGUUACAACUUACUGCUACCAGAAAUUGUGAAUAAUCUCACCGAUCCCAAUGCUCCUGAACACAAACUAAAGAGCUCCCUUCACAUCAUCCAAGGUAAUGUCUCGAAAGCAUUGGUGGUGAAACGGGAGUGGAAUGUUCUCAAUGCACUUUGGCCAGCUGUUGCAAAAGCACAACACUCUUCUGAGUUGUCAGUCCUUCGACUAAUUGAUGAUGUCAAUUCACGAGUUUCAAAGAGUUUUGAGACACCUGCAAUUAAAAUAGAGACUUCUGAUAAUUGCAUCAAAGCAGCUCAAGAGUUACUCCGAGUUUCAGAAAAUUCAAAAGCAACACCUGAGGAAUUGGAAACAGCUGUGUUAAAAGAAGCUGCUAGAAAUAAACAAGACACAGAAAUGUAUAUAUCACUAACUGAGAAGCUUGUCUCUUUAGUUGAGAGUGGUGAGCUAGCUUGGAAGUUCCACCAGUUUACUGUUGAUCUGUUAAAUCUCCUGUUGCGACUUGAUCAUCAACCCCCUCUUAGUGCUGUGAAUCUCUUUCUUAAAAAUGCAGUUGAUGAUUCAAUUACUGUUAGAGAGAUAUGUUUACUUUCAAUGGUUGGUAUUUUUAAACUAAUGAAAAGAAAGCACAAAAGCACCAAAAUCAAUGUAAAAGAAUUGGCUGGAUGUUCUCCAUCCAAAGCCAAUGACUUGGAAUUCAUACCUUGUUGCCGUGAUGAUAACAAUUGGCUUACAUAUUGUGAAAGAAAACUGCCAAGAACUAAAGAAGCUUGGAAUGAGACUGUUUUUGUUGAAAAAACCCAUUUUGGGUUCUACUGUUGGCCUGUUGAAAUGUUUACCUAUGCCCCUUACAAGGAGCAACCAAAUGUGGAACGGGUACGAGAAGAGUUGGAUGAAACAGAGAAGUGCAUCUAUGACUUUUGGAUGUCUAAAGAUUACAUUCAGAAGUUUAUUGGUUUCCUUGCUCUUGAAGAACAGAAAGGGAAAGAUAAAUUUAAACAGAAACAUGUGGCUUUCAUUAAGGGUUUAUUCAGAAAUUUUGGUGAUUCUUUCCUUGAGUUAUUAAAACCAGAAAUUGAGAAAUUAUUAGCCGAAACAAACCUUGUGACAAGAGAGAGCCACCACAGGUGUGCAUUAGAAAUUUUGGCUGGCAUCAUCCAAGGAAUGAAACAUUGGCCUUAUGAAAAGAUAAUGAACUUCUGGGACUGGUCCAUAAAGCUUCUCCGUAAAAGCUUGAACUCAAUGAUUGUUGAAACCGUAGAAGACUGGGGCAAUUUCUUUAAUCUAAUCUGUGAAAAUCGUGAUCCCAGAAAACUUUAUCCAAUAUAUGAAUUACUAAUGGAAAAUCCAAUUAAUGGAGAAGGUGGUUCAUUAGGAGAUGCAAGUCGAAUAUACAGUUUGCAAAAUGCCUUGAUGUCUCAAGAAUGGAGAGUAUCAGAAUUAUUAGGGAAACUUUUGAAUUAUUUGGAAAAUUUCCUUGAUCAUCCUUACAAGAAUGUUCGAGAUCGUAUUGGCUGUGUUUUAUGCUAUAUCUUUCUUUAUGAUUACAAAAUGACACCAACUUGCAAGUCUUUCCUACCUCUCCGAAAAUCGUUUGUUGAGAAGAUAUUAGCUCAGUUAGAUCCUCUGAAGAAUAUAUAUGAAGACAGCAACUUUUUAAAAGGUGAAGAUGGCAUGUCAUUACCUCCCAAUGGCUACACAUCAACUACGAAGUGUAUUUCUUCAGUAAACCAGUACAGUGGUGGAGAAGAGUCGGAAGAGAAGAACACUUUAAUUCGAAUCUGUAAAACUAUUCUGAAAUGGUUUGUGUUGACUUUCAACUCUAUGUUAAAUAAUGUCACGGAAGAACUGUUUGGAUUUCUGCCAAUAUUUUGCAGCCUUGUUAGCCAAGUUCAGGAGGAAGAACUUCAAAAAGAAUGUCUGCAUGCUUUGGCCAAUCUUGCCCAGGCCACCAUAGCGCCGUCUGUCAUUUCUGUUGCUAUGGAGAAAAUAGGUGAAGUUGCAACACUACCCUCGUGGCAUGCCAAAACUGCAGUCCUUAGUUUCCUGCAAGCUUUAAUCUUCAACAAUUUUUUCACCAUGCAUCAACCUGAAUAUGUACAACAAGUCCAGGAGUUUAUAAUGACACUUAUCUGCAAUGAAAGAUUAGAGGUCCGAGAGACAGCAUCAGAGACACUGAGUGGUUUGCUUCACUGUGGUUUCCUAAAAAUUGAUGACAAUCUUUUAUCUCGGUUUGAAAAGCUUAGCUCUACCAAAUUGAAAACAGCAGGUACAGAUGGGGUCAGCUUACAGCUCUUGGUUCAGCGUCAUGCAGGUGUGUUGGGCAUCUGUGCAUGUAUUCAAGCCUAUCCGUAUGAGGUACCGCAGUUUGUUCCUCAACUUCUUGUGGAUAUCAGCACACAUGUCAAUGACAUUCAGCCCAUACAGCUGACUGUAAAGAAAGCUUUGUCCAACUUCCGGCGUACACAUCAUGACAACUGGCAUGACCAUAAACAGAAAUUUACUGAUGAUCAGUUACUUGUCCUCACAGACUUAUUAGUUUCACCAAAUUACUAUGCUUGAAACAGUGCCAUUAAAUAAUGACAAUGAUUAAGAGAAAAUGUUUUUUUUUUUCCAUCUGGCUCCAAUUGUUUAGUGAAAUCCCUAAGUCCUUGGAAAUUGGAGAAGUUUUUUUUUUCUUUUUUCGGGUGUAUAUGUAUAUAAUAUAUACUUUUAAAUUUAUUAAAUAUACAAUUUAGAUCUUGAUUUUAAAAUUACUUUGAAAAAAGUCUAUAAACACUUAGAAAAUACAACAAAUUACAAAAUUUGGGAGAAACAUGUUAUAUAUAAUAUAGACACACACACACACACACCGUGAACAACAAAUGCAUGAACAUGGCUUCAAUUUUUUUUUUUUUUAGCCCCUAAUUGCUAUUCAAGACGUAAUUCCUGCCAUAAACAAAAAUAAAUUUCGAUUUAUUUUCUCAGUCUAGGACUUUGUAUGGCAUUUUCCUCUCUUCUCUAACUACUUAAGUGAGAUCCCUUCUCUGCUUCACUUUGCUCUCACUUGCGAUCUUUUAAAGCAGUUGUGACAGACUGCUUACAUGUCUUUCAUCUCGAUUCUAUUAGAAAUCUCCUCAAGUCCUUAUUGUUAAGGGCAAACCCAACCUUAUUUUUACUGUUAUUACAUCAUCUCAGGUUAAUCAGUUUUAAUUAACCCAAUUUAAUCCUAUUUGUGCUGUCCUGAUCCCACCCACCUGUAAAUAUUUUAAAAAAUCUCCACAUGUCACUUGGUCCCUGAAUGGUGGAAAAAAGAAUGUAAUUUUAUUUAUUUUACACUAUAAGUUAAAAUAUUUGAUUUUUUUCUUUUUGUUUUAUAUCAAUAAUUAUUUUUUAAUUUAACACAACUAUUUUAUAAAUUAUCAGACAUCUUCAGGUGAAGGAGGGGAAAAAAAAGUUAUUUAAAAUGAAAAGAAAUUUUUUUUUUUUCUUCCUUUCAACAUCUGAAAUAUAAGCAGAGAUAUUUUAGGUUCUAUAUUCCUGUUUCUAAUUCUAGUUUUAAACCUUUUUUUUUUAUUAUCUCCAUAUUUUUUUCUAUUAUCUAUUGUUACUGUUUCCAUGUAUAAGGAUGUUUAUAUCAUGGCUGUUGCACCUUAAUAUGAAAAGGGAAUACAACAAAAUUAAGUUCCGGCAAGUUCCUUCUCCGCAUGUCCAGCAAAUGUGAUAACCACAUCACUACGGUGUUUAGAUAUAUUUCUAAUUUAAGGCAGAAUUUUAAUUCGUUAUGUAAAAGUUUAGUCAUUUUUGAAAAUAAAAUUAAAAUAAAAGCUUUAAAAUAAAACCUGAUUAAAUUACCCCCCAUCCCUUCCCCCUUGUUUAAAAUAUUGUUUCACACUCGUUAUUCAAAGCUCUGAAUUUGCAAUUAAUCUUUAAACAUGAAUCAAGAAGUUUUACUGAAGAAAUCAAUGAAAAAUUAAGUUUUCACAAUGGCUUUCAUUUUUGAAGUCAGUUCUGUAUUUUUGUUUUUUAUAACUUCUAUGGAGCAAGAACUGCACCAUUGUUGGAUAAAUCUUGUUUGUCCAAGAAGACGAGUGAUAUAAGCUAAAUUAUGUUCGUUUAAAAGAAACUAGAAAACUACAAAACCUAGAUUUAUUGCUACAGGUCAGCUUAUGUCGUCUGAUUUUCUCUGUAUUUUUGCUUUGUUACUAACAAACUAUUUAUGAUAUCUUCCUUUUGGUUCUUCUAAGAUGAGUACCUUCAUGGCAUACCACACAAACCACCCCAGUGUUGAGGUAUUGGAAGGGUUUCCCAUUGAUCUUAGUUGUUAAUGGUUUUCACUAAAAUAACAGGAAUGUUGAAACUAAAAUAUCUUUGGACUCUGAAAAAGAAACUGAAUUUGGGUUCUUUACUCAGGAAGAGAAUCUCUCUUAAGGAAUGUAAUAACUUGUGAAUAAAAGAAUGAAAAA